UGAACAACAUCGUUAGAUUCUUAAAAAAACAACAGGAAUCAUGCUUCUCAAAAACUCAAAGUACUCUAUUUCUACUCGGACACGGAUCCCAGAGUACAAACGAUCUGCGACAAUCAGGAUUUGAGGUUUGAAUUUGGGCAUUGAAGUGCGCGAGGAGUUGAAGACGCUACAGGAGUUAUAACUUUUCGUGCUCCAAUGGCCAUUGCACGCAUCCUUAGACCUAGUAUCAUUCGUAAUUGUGGACUACGCUCUAAACACACAUUGCCCCCUUUACCAUACGAACCUAAUGCUUUGGAACCUGUAAUAUCAGGAGAAAUUAUGCAGUUACAUCAUUCAAAACAUCAUGCAGCAUAUGUUAAUAAUCUCAAUAUUGCUGAGGAACAGUUUGCUGAAGCUUUCUCGAAAAGUGACGUUACAAAAAUGAUAUCUCUUCAGCCAGCACUCCGUUUUAAUGGUGGUGGACAUAUCAAUCACAGCAUCUUUUGGCAUAAUCUUAGUUCUAAGGGUGGGGGUGUCCCUACAGGUAGUUUGGCUAAUGCUAUUAAUGAUGAGUUUGGAUCGUUUGAUAACUUCAAGUCAAAGCUAUCUGCUGCCACAAUUGCUAUCCAGGGUUCGGGUUGGGGUUGGCUUGGAUAUAAUCCCAACACAAAGCGUCUACAAAUUGCCACAUGCGCUAAUCAAGACCCUCUUGAAGGGACUACGGGUUUAAAGCCUUUACUUGGAAUCGACGUUUGGGAGCAUGCAUAUUAUCUUCAGUACAAAAAUGUACGUCCAGACUAUGUAAAGGCAAUUUGGGAUAUUAUAAAUUGGAGCGAUGUCGCUAAACGAUUCGAUCUCUGUAGGAAAUAAUUUCAUCGUACUAUCGUCUGUCAAACCCAGAACUGUUUCAUCAUCUUUUGUACGAUUUUCAGCAGUAGUUUCGUUAUAUCCUGCUAUUUCUACGUCACAUUGAUUAUUUCUCAAAAAUAAAUUCAUUAACAAGU